CGCCAGAGAGCGUCAGUUCGCCGUUGGCUAACUAAGAAAUUGUUUGUUGCGGAGUUUUGACGGCGCUAAACAAAGCAAGAACCAUGACUUCGACAAACAUGUUUCAAGGGCUGGGCAGUAAUUCAAAACCGAGUUCGAGAGUUCUGCGACCACCUGGAGGUGGCUCCAGCAAUCUUUUUGGUGGCUACGAGGAAGACGCUGCAGCAUCAAGAAGGCCAAAUAAGAUGGCCUCGACAAUUUUUGCUCCAGUGGCGGAGACCCAGGAAGUCCCCAAACGCUCCAAUCCUCCAGGUGGGAAGAGCAGCGGGAUAUUUGGGGAACCUGAAGCUCCAGCCCAACAACUGAAACCAGUACCUCCAGGUGGACCAAGCAACAACAUUUUCGGAGGAGCAGGGGACACCUCUCUCCCAUGUCCAGCUCGAAGUCAUCCCAACAAACCAAAGGACAACUUAAGUGUGGGACCUGAACCCGAGCCACCAGCUCAAGCACCCCCAGCCAACAUCAUCCAAACUGAGGUAAAGGAAGAGAUUGUUUUGCCACCUGCCACCCCACCCAAGGAAGAGCCUGCUGUUGUUCCAACCUGUCCGGAGCCCAGUCCCUCCUCACCCCCUGCUCAGCAUUCAGAGAAAAACCAUGAGCCUCAUUUGGGACCCAAGCCUCGCUCCCACAACAGGGUUCUGAAUCCCCCCGGAGGAAAGUCUAGUGUUGUGUUUUACUGAACACAACUACAUGUCAACUCUCUCCCUGUUUUCUGUCUGUGCACCCCUUCCUGUCCGCUGCGCUACUCAUCCUCUCAUUCCAGUUGUUUGGUUUUUUUGUCCCCUCAUUUCAGCAUGACUAACCAGAAAUUAGAGAUUUUGUUCCCUUACACUCGAUUCCUGAUCACAUCCUUAAGAUCUUGCACUUUUAAGCCCAUUCCUGCCCCCUCCCUUUGUCUGAUGCUUUUUAUAUUCUUUUAACGGUCAAUAAGUAUACAAUCAAACAGGCUAGCUUUUGUCUAACACAACUAUGAAAAUCAGUCGUUCACUUAACAUUACAGUUACCGUUUGCAAAUUAUACAAGUAUUCCAUGUUGGCUAACAACGGUGGUGGUGUUGGUCUCGCUGAAUUAAAAAUCCAAAUUUGUGGCUGUAAUGGUUUUGUGGCUGUAACGGUUUCCGUGGUCAUUUCAAGAAAGCAUUGACCAUAUUCGGUGGCCCAGAUACCAGUGAUUUGAUGUGCCUUAGCAUAAAAGCAGUCACAAAUUUACAUUUUUGAUCUCUCCGUUUAAGGUACGUUCAUUCUGGGUGUUUUCCCUUGUUCAUAGGUUGUCAGGCAGGCAGGAAAGAAACGGAUAAUCUGUAAUAGUCGAAGAUGCAUCAGGGUGCUUUUUUUUUUUCCUAUUGCUAGACCACAAUUCAUGACUGUACAAUCAUAAAUUUGAUAACUGAUUAUUCUCCUCUCCCUUUUACUGUCUGUCUUAAGUGUGUUUAUCUGCUCAGCAAAAACCCUGAGAAAUGCCAAAAAAAUUGACUUGAGACACAAAGAUGGGUGCCUUUGCCCACCUCCAAAGUUUCCUCACAGAAAUUCCACUUCAAUAUGUCAUUGAUGCUCGUUCUGAAUGUGUUGUGCGGGUAUUAUUCUGCUCUGACAUCAUUGCUUGUUCUGUUUAAAUGUGUUCUUCGCUUGGGGUAGGCUACUGUUUAUGUUUUAAAUUAAAACAGCUGAACACAAGUGAACUCUGGAAAAGUGCAUGGCAGACCCCUACAAGUCAAAGUGGGUUCGAGACCUUGUCGAGAAUCCACCUCGCCACUGCACAUUCAUGGUAUUCUAGUGCCAGCCUGUUCCCUGAAUGUUGAUGUGCCUGACAGGCAGUGAGCAUAGCAGAACGAAGACAACCUGUGUAUUACAAUAAAAUGUUUUUUGUUUUU